CCCACAGCGUUCGGGUGUCCCUAGACCUGCCAUGACGGUGACAUACACGUCACGCGUGGCCACCACACGCUUCGGAGGCUUCUCGCGGCUGCUGCUGCUCUGGCGUGGGAGCAUCUACAAACUGCUCUACCGGGAGCUGCUGCUCUUCCUCACCGCCUACCUGGUGCUCAGCCUGGCCUACCGGUUCCUGCUGUCGGAAGCACAGAAGAGGCUCUUUGAGAAGCUUGUGCUUUACUGUGACAAAUCAGCCAACCUCAUCCCCGUGUCCUUCGUGCUGGGCUUCUACGUGGCGCUGGUGCUGGAGCGCUGGUGGGGGCAGUUCCGCGCCGUGCCCGCUCCCGACGGGCUGAUGCUGGCGGUGGCCGGGAGCGUGCACGGCGCGGACGCGCGCGGGCGGCUGCUGCGCCGGACGCUGCUGCGCUACGGGAGCCUGGCGGCGCUGCUCGUGCUGCGCGCCGUCAGUUCCGCGGCACGCAAGCGCUUUCCCACCGCCGACCACCUCGUGCAGGCGGGGUUCCUGACGCGGGGGGAGCGGCGGCGGCUCGAGGGGCUCCGCUCCCCCCACAACCAGUUCUGGGUCCCCUGUGUCUGGUUCACGGCUCUGGCAGCGCAGGCGCGGCGCGAGGGGCGGGUGCGCGAUGACAGCGCACUGAAGCUCCUCAUGGAGGAGCUGAACCGCUUCCGGGGGCACUGCAGCCUCCUCUUCCACUACGACUGGAUCAGCGUUCCACUGGUGUACACCCAGGUGGUGACAAUUGCCGUCUACACCUUCUUCGUGACGUGCCUCAUCGGGCGGCAGUUCCUGGACCCAGCCCAGGGCUAUGCAGGGCAUGAGCUGGACCUGGGGGUCCCCAUCUUCACCCUCCUCCAGUUCUUCUUCUACGUGGGGUGGCUCAAGGUGGCUGAGCAACUCAUCAACCCCUUUGGGGAGGACGACGAUGACUUUGAGACCAACACACUCAUUGACCGCAACUUCCAGGUCUCCAUGCUGGCGGUGGAUGAGCUGUACGGGGAGGUGCCGGUGCUGGAGCGAGACCGGUACUGGGAUGCCACCAGCCCGCGGGUGCCAUACACGGCUGCAGCUGCGCCUCUGCGCCAGCCGCCGUUCCGCGGCUCUGCCUGUGACAUAACGUUGGCCAAGGAGGAGAUGCAGUUCCUGCCACUGGAGGAUAUUGGGGAGACCCCCGAGUCCCAGCUGGGGAAUGGGGACAGCCCAAGGGGAGACAAAGCCACCCUGAGGGACAUGCCAGGGGGGGACAGUGCCCCUCACGAUCACUGGCUCCUUCACCCCAGUGCUGACGACAUGGUUUAAAGUGGGGGGAGAAUACCCAAAACACACCCUUCCAGCAUAGCUCAGCCCUAUACGAGCCCCCCAAGAAUGUCUGCUGGGAAUGAAUCUCCA